AUGUUAAUUAAAUAUCGAAGUGGUGUUGUAUAUUCUACACGACAUGUUAGAUGUAUAAGUAAAUUUGGUAAAGUGAUUGGCAGACCAAUAGUACACAUAAGAAACUCAUUUACUUUCAAACAAACAACAUCUACUUGGCCACCGACUAUUCAUGUCAAUCAAUCAAAUCAAACGAUGAAUAUAACUAGCAAUAAGAAUGUUCUUACAUUAGCUGAUUAUCAUCCUAUUUUUAAGAAUUAUGAUUGUGGACAAUGGAGUCUACAUCACGCAAAAUUCGUCGGCAUUCUUAUCCUUCAAUUUAUUCUAUUUUUUUUAUUAUUAAUGAUGGGUUUCUUCUUCGGAGCAUUUUAUGUUCACUAUUAUCUUUUAAAAUAUAAAUCUUAUUCUUUCACAAACGCUCGUUUAGUCGCAUUUGAAACAACUUUAGUUAAUGGUUGUUCUAAUAUUACAGAUCUACCUUGUUCUCUUCAAAUGUAUAUAAAUGUUUAUUUUUUUCGAACUAAAUUUGCAUUAGUUUAUCUUUACUCAAUUGUCAUUAUCAUGAUAUAUACAUGGCAUCAAACUAUUCGCUUGUUAUCGUGUAUUUUUGCUUUACUUGUUAUAAUAGUCAUUGUUUUUGGCACUGAUCUUGUUCUUUAUUUUGAUGAAAUAUUUAAUGCUAGCUGUAUAGUGUGUAUUACACUUUUGUUAUCAUUUGUUUUUCUAACAGUAGCUAUGCCUUAUUAUAUUGAAGAUCCAUUAGGUUUACUUUGCACAUCCCAUGUAUCGUCAAGUGAUCGUUAUGAAUUUCUUCAAAAUGAUAUUUCAAUAUCUACACGCUUUUAUCGAUGGGUAAAGAAAACGAAGAAACAAUGGAAUAUUGAAGAGGAAAAAUUAAUUAUAACUAUUGUUGUUUUCAUAGUUUCAAGUAUUAUUGGCUCACUUAAUAGUUAUCUUUUUGUUCAUGAUGUAUUAAUGGAGCACGAAUCAUCCGUUGUUCGUCUACGACGAAAACUUAGUGAAUUAUCACAAGAGUAUUCAAAAGAAAAACAAGUUCAACCACCAAGAAGUAAAUCCGCUAAUGGACGAGUUCCAGUAUUAGAUCCAAAUGCUAGUUUUCGUUAUCGACGAAUGAGACGAAAAGUUGAUGUUCUUCGUACACAAAUUGAUACUGUCAUAGAAGAUAAUUAUAUUACAACAACUGAUAAAGAUAAUUCACAAAAAGAAAUGAUUCCAACACGUGAUAAUAAUGAUGUAUCAUUGAAAAAGAAAUUGAUAAUGAGUGAUGAUCAAAAUCUUGUCACAAGUGAACUUGUUCAAGUAUUAAAUAGUAAACAAACAAGAAUUGAUGAACUCGAACAACGUUUAAAACAAGUUGAACAACAAGAAUCUCAAUGGAAGAUCAAAUAUGAACGAGAAUGUAAUCUUUGUGAAUUAUUACAAACAAGAAUUGUUGAACUUGAACAAGAAUUAUUAGGUAGAAAAUAUCAAUCGAAAAUUCUUGGUCAAUUACAAACAGAUGUUAAACGACUUCAUUCAGCUUUUGAUGCCUUAGAAGUUGAAAAUACUCAACUUAAUGUUCAAUUAUCACUUUCUCGUAAUACUCAUCUAUCAUCACAACUUGAUAAAUUUCGAUAUGAAUUAGCGCACACAUGUCACGAAUCAUUAUGCUAG